AUGGCUGCAGCUACAGAUGCGUUCGCGCAAAGAAAUCUUGACUCCACAUUUACACAUAGCACACACGAAGCGAAGCCUCAAUUCUCACCACCGACCCUUGAACCCGAAUACGCCGUCGCAGAAUCAACCAACGCAAAUCCAACGAAUACCAAGCUACGAAUCCUCGCGCCUACACCCAUCGUAGUAGCAAUGUCCUACACCAAAGACUACUACGCGACGCUCAACCUCCCCCUCCCGCGGCCCGGCUCCCCAACCACAUCAACAGCCGACAUCCGGCGCGCAUACAAACUCGCGCUCCUCGGCGCACACCCGGACAAACAAACGGGCCAGGCGCGAAGCGCGCAUACGGUCGAUGAAGUCCGAGAAGCGUAUGCGGUGUUGAUGGAUGCGGAGAAGAGGAGGGCAUAUGAUGAGUGGGUGGUGCGGAAUGGAGGGGUACUCGGCGGCGGCAGUGGGAAUGUGGAUGUGGGUGGUGGUGGUGGUGGUGGUGGUGGUGGAGUUAGUCAGGAAUUCCUGGCUGGACUGGAAGUGUUGGAUUUGAGUGAUUUCUGCGUGUUGGAUCCCCGGUUUGAGUUUGGGGAGGAAGGCGCAGAGGGGGGAGGGGGACAAGGAACGCGGGGAUGA